AUGCUCGCUUCCCAUUUGUAUUCCAGAUCUUCUGUUCAGAAUGGGGCCUCCUCUUUACCACCUAUCAGAUUUGGCCCUUCCCUCCUACCAAGGAGACCGCUGGUAACAUUCACAUUUUUACAUGGAAUUUUUCGAAAUAAAGGGGGCGGUAUAGGAUUCGAACCCCCGAUAUCACUGCUAAGACCCUCCGACUCGCCCACUCGAGCCGCUUAGCCCUUCUAAAUUGGUGAUGAAGGUGCAUCAGGCUUAGGUUCUGCUUUAGCAAAUUGCAUUAAUCUCUCAAAUUUGGCACUUGACCUUUUUCGCAAUUAAAUUGGUCAUGAAGGUGCAUCAGGCUUAGGCUCUGCUUUAGCAAAUUGCAUUAAUCUCUAAAAUUUGACACUUGACCUUUGUUACAAUUAAAUUGGUGAUGAAGGUGCAUCAGGCUUAGGUUCUGCAUUAGCAAAUUGCAUUAAUCUCUAAAAUUUGACACUUGAGCUUAGUCACAAUUAAAUUGGUGAUGAAGGUGCAUCAGGCUUAGGUUCUGCUUUAGCAAAUUGCAUUAAUCUCUCAAAUUUGACACUUGUCCUUUGGUAAAAACAGUUUAUUUGUUUUGGAUUGUGA